GGCUGCUCUCUCGUUGGAGGAGUGUCAGCGUUCUGCUCCGUCCUCCUCUUCUUAGUGGCUGCACCAUUCAUCCAGCCCUCCUCAUACACACACAUAGCCACCGACAUAACCGGGAUACAAGGCAAGGAGCACAGUAAGUGCAUGCACACAGGGUGUGUACCCAGUACACCCCCUGCAUACAGGCACUGAUACAGCUCCCCCAUCCCCUACCCACACACUGGCACAGCUCUCCCACACACAUACACUGACAUCGCUCCCCCAGCCACACACUGUGCAUCAUAGGCGGCUCCGGUACCAAGAUGUCCAACCGAGCCCUGUGCCGGGAAGCCAGUCAUGCCGGUAGCUGGUACGCAGCCUCAGGACCCCAGCUGAGUGCACAGUUGGAAGGCUGGUUAUCCCAGGCACAAUCUUCUAAAAGACCUGCAAGAGCCAUCAUUGCACCUCACGCUGGAUACACCUACUGUGGGUCCUGUGCUGCUCAUGCCUAUAAACAAGUUGACCCUUCAGUUACGAGAAGAGUCUUUAUUCUUGGUCCUUCCCAUCAUGUAGCUCUCUCUAGAUGUGCACUUUCCACUGUGGAUAUGUACAGAACACCUCUGUAUGACCUCCACAUUGAUCAGAAGGUAUAUGGAGAGUUGUGGAAGACAGGAAUGUUUGAGCGAAUGUCUCUACAAACCGAUGAAGACGAGCACAGCAUUGAAAUGCACUUACCUUAUACUGCUAAAGCAAUGGAAAGCCAUAAAGAUGAGUUUACCAUAGUUCCUGUGUUGGUUGGAGCCCUUAGUGAAUCAAAGGAACAGGAAUUUGGGAAACUUUUUAGCAAAUAUUUAGCAGAUCCCAGUAACCUCUUUGUAAUUUCAUCAGAUUUCUGUCAUUGGGGGCAACGUUUUCGUUACACAUAUUAUGAUGAAUCGCAAGGCGAAAUUUAUAGGUCAAUUGAAAACUUAGAUAAGAUGGGUAUGGGCAUUAUAGAGCAAUUAGAUCCUGUGCCAUUUAGCAAUUACUUGAAGAAAUACCACAAUACUAUAUGUGGAAGACAUCCUAUUGGUGUAUUAUUAAAUGCUGCAACAGAGCUUCAGAAGAAUGGAGUAAAUAUGAGCUUCUCAUUUUUGAAUUAUGCUCAGUCUAGCCAGUGUCGAAGUUGGCAGGACAGUUCAGUGAGUUAUGCUGCUGGAGCCCUUGUGGUGCAUUGAACCGUUGAUGUCUCAGGGAUGCCACCUGAAAACAGAAUGCUGACACAAACUUUUCCUUUCUGUCCAUGGGGUCAUAACCAGGCAGUGGCACUGUGCUGCUCUGUGGAGACUCAGUUCAGUUUAAAUCUUCCUUAUUCUUUCCUAGUAGGUGUAGUCCAAUCUUGAUUUAUUUUUUGACUCCAUAAAAAAAAAAAAAAAAAAAGAAAGAAAUACGAAAAGAGGGACAAAAAAAGGUUAAAAAAAAAAGUAUAUAUAUUAAUGAAUUGCUUUCUUGGUUAUGGCAACAGAAAAUAAGUUGUGUCAAAGUGUUUGUCAAAUCAGAAGUAAUAAUGAGAUGUGGCAGACAAUUACAGUGUGAUAGUUAUAUGGGAUAAGUUAGCCUUUACUGUAACCCAAAUUUGCACUAUUUGCAGAUAUGUGCACAUAUAUCCAGCUUUCAGAAUAGUUUUGCAAGUUGUAAAACACAAAAUAAUAAAAUAAAGGGUGGAAGCUUUUUAAUAUAAAUGCAUUUAUAAAUUUAUCCUUUAUCCUGUAUUAGAAUAUAAUACAAUUCAUGUAUAGUUGGUUAUUACCAGUGUUGUACAACAAAUACCUUCUAUUCUAGUUGCUAAUAAAGGGCUACACAAACCAAAUAA